CUAUUAGCUCUUUCUUUUGAGCUAAUAACGAACGAAAAGAGGAGAAAAGAAGAAAUUAAGGUCAUGGAAAAGAACGGAUCUGAGCUGGACUUGCCGGGAUUUAGGUUCCAUCCGACGGAGGAGGAGUUGCUUGAGUUUUAUCUCCGGCGAGCCACUGCCGGAAAGAAGCUAAACUUUGACAUUAUUGGAACUCUUAAUCUCUAUUUAUAUGAUCCUUGGGACCUCCCUGCUCUGGCGAAGAUGGGGGAGAGAGAGUGGUAUUUUUUUGUGCCGAGAGACCGGCGGCAGGCGAACGGUGGGCGGCCUAAUCGUACAACGGAGCGUGGCUUCUGGAAGGCCACCGGCUCAGACCGGCCCAUUCGUAGUGCUGCCAAUCCCCGGCGUCUCAUUGGCCUCAAGAAAACUCUGGUUUUUUACCGCGGCCGCGCUCCUCACGGCAACAAGACGGAUUGGGUCAUGAAUGAGUACCGGCUCCCUGAUGUCCUCCCAUUCCCAACCUCUUUGUCCGUUCCUCAGCCUCCUAAGGAAGAUAUUGUUCUAUGCAAGAUUUAUCGAAAGGCUACGUCGCAGAAGGAGCUGGAACAGCGAGCGGCAAUGGAGGCAAGCAGAGCCUCGCAGGGAUGCACAGUAUCGGCGACCUCGUCUGACCAAGAGAACUUGCAGAAGAUUUCAUUUGACAAUAAUGAAGUGAUCAUGGAUAUGAAGGUGGAGUUCGAGUUGCCGCCAUUUGAGUUUAAUAAAGAGGUGGCUGAGGUGUCUUCGGCCGAAACCCAACCGCCGAUUAUGCCUCUGCUCGAAUCGUCGGCGGAUAUCGAAUGGUCGGCUCUUCAACCAGAGCCGUCAGUCAUGCGUCCACCAGCAAGCCCGGCGUCGAAAACCCCGGCGGUCCGGCAGCUGCCGAGCCUGCCGGCGCUUCAAGUUCCCAACCACAUGAGCUUCGACUUGGUGCAGGACUCUUUCCUGAGCCAGCUACGGAGUCCGUGGCUUGACCAGUGGUCGCCAUUAUACGCAAGUUUGCUCAACUUUUGAACGCGCAAGAAUUCUGGCUAAAGGUCCAUCUGUACAUAUUCGAAGAAGCCGUUCGAUCUGCGAGGUCUUGUGAGGAUUUGUUGAUAUGUGUGCAUAUGACAUUGUUUGGUUAAUGGUGCUGUAAAACUGCGUUUCUGAAAAGAAGG